AUGCAGCUCUUCAACCUUCUCACCAUCACCAUCCUGUCCGUCUUCCAGUUCACAUCGGCAUCGCCUCUCCAGAUGAGACAAACAAUCGAUCCACCUGCCAGAUACCUUCUUCGAACCAAGGUGGUCAAUGGUGCUCACAAAGACUCUGGGUCUAACAAGACCGACUUGUACCUCUACUCGUACCACACGGGUGCAGGACUCGGCGAUGCGGCACUCUCGUCCAACAGAUCGUGGGCAUGGCAAGGCUACCUGAAUGAUUCCCAGCAGCUCUUUACCUACUCUGGCAAUCUGGGUGGUCCUUGGCCCCUGUCGAUCGGCUAUGGCCCCUACCAACAGUGGAACCAGGUCGGAAUCAGUAUCUCCAGCAUCACUAGCCUUUAUGCUGGAUUCUUCUUCAACUCGUCUGGGCUUCAAUUCAAUGCCAGCACCGGUGGCUGGUUGGCUUGCGACUGGUGGCAUGGUGUCCCUCAGCUCUUCCAGGUCAAUGGUUACCCCUACGGAUCCCUUCCAAACUCCUGCUCCAAAGUUGAACUUCAGCCGGUGGAAAUCUGA